CUUAAAUGGUUGAGAUAUAUUACUUUUGGUAGUUCGUCUGCUAUUUCUACAGAAUAAUUGUUGUGGUUUCGAAUCAGGCAGUGUUUGACUAUCUACUGGGUCCAUUUUUGUUAGAUCCAGUACUUUAUAUAAACGACAAGAAUUUCUAUUAACCUCAAGUAAAAGGUGAUGUUGCAAAAGCAAUGAUCUUCACUGUGAUCGUUACCGUUUGCUUAUUAGGCUGUGUAACAGCCACGGAAGAUGACAAUUGGGAAGCAACAGUCAGCGACGAUUUACUAGAAUUUAUGCGAACAGAAGAAAGAUCUCAGAGAUUACAACAGGAACUGCAAGGUAUGGAAUUUCCUAAGUUAUGCCGAGAGCGACGUUUGCGAAUAUUUGACUUUGAUCCGCUCGCGUGUAGUGUGUGCAGAACUGUUGUGGGUACAGUACUAAGGGCCCGAAAGUUAGGCUUUGAAAAGGAUCGAUUCGUGUUUGUUCUUAAAAAUCUUUGUACUUGGCUAAAAAUCGAGAAAGAGGAAGUAUGCGAAGGUGUCAUACGUCACAACAUCGACACGUUAAUAUACAUUGUCGAUAACAGGCCCAAACUGAAAGCAAGUCAAGUCUGUGCGAUUGUAUUCCAAAACUUGCAAUGCAAGGAUACAUCACUGCAAGAAUGGAGCCUCGCGCUUCCGCCCUAUGAAGCGCAUAACGUUUCUCUCGUAAGAGAAUCGAAAUUUCAGAACGAGCAGAAUGGAUCGUUUAGAAUAGUUCAGAUCACCGAUUUGCACUACGAUCCCGAGUACAGUGUAGGAUCCAAUACGGAUUGUGGUUUACCGAUCUGCUGCCAAAAUGGUUCCGUACCAGAAUCAGAGGCGACUGCCGCAGGUUUCUGGGGCGAUUACCGCGACUGCGAUCCGCCAUGGAAUGCAGUUGUUGACCUAGUGCAACAUAUUAAACAAGAACACAAAAACAUAGGGUACAUUUAUUUUACUGGAGACAUUGUUGCACACAAGGUGCACGAUACCAGCAAGGACCGAAAUACUAAAGAUGUAACCAAAGUUUAUAAGGAGUUGAAGAAGGUGUUUGGAGACAUACCAAUUUACCCCGUUUUAGGGAAUCACGAAGCGCACCCCGUCAAUCAGUUUACCUCAGAAGACGUAAAUCCAGACAUGGAAAUUUCAACACGUUGGAUUUUCAGCUUGGCCGCCGAGCUUUGGCGGGAUUGGUUACCACCGGAGGCCACAAAGACGAUAUUGAGAGGGGGGUACUAUACAGCCUUAGUCAGACCGGGUUUUCGCGUCAUUGCGCUGAACAGUAACGUCUGCUAUUCGUACAACUUCUGGUUGUUAUACGAAGGCUCUGAUCCAUAUGGGCAAUUGCAGUGGUUAAUAGACACGCUUUUGGAUGCGGAAACCAAUAAUGAGAAGGUUCACAUCCUUUCACAUGUACCUUCCGGCGAUUCCUCUUGCGUAAAAAACUGGGGGAGGGAAUACGUUAACAUAGUAAAUAGGUUUUCGCAUGUGAUUUCUGCACAGUUUAAUGGUCACACCCAUUGGGACGAUACGGUAAUAUAUUACAGCAAUGUAAAUCGCAGCGAGGCUAUUAAUGUGGCUUUUAAUGGAGGAAGCUUUACCACGUAUUCCCUUUUAAAUCCGAAUUAUAAAGUGUACGACGUGGACGCGGCGCAAAUGGAUGUUACCAAUUUUGAGUCGUGGACGUACAACAUCACAGAAGCAAAUGAGAGGAGUUCGGAUACUCCAAAAUGGUACAAACUGUAUGAUUUUAAAAGCGCAUAUAACGUAUCCAGUUUGCAUCCGCAAGAAUUGUCGAGAUUGGUUGAGCGUAUGACCAAAGAAAAAUCUUUAACUCAGUCCUACUUCAGGUAUAAAAAUCGAGAUGCAGAUCCUACCAUAGCAAAGGGAUGCAAAUCAGAUUGCGAGUUAGAAAACAUUUGCACUAUGGUUACGUCAGCCCAUGGAGAUGACUACCAUUGCAAAAUGUAUACCCGCAUGUAUAAGAAGAAUCGUCGUUAAAUACGACGAGGGGGGGGGGGCAACAUGCUAGACUCUCUAAAAAGUAAAGAUUCAUAACGUCAUAUUAAUAGGUUUUCUAAAAGCAAGGAUUUAUUUCGCUUAGUUUAGGGGAAUCUCUUGAUUUUGUGAUAAGACCUUUGAUUGUUAGGGGUGGUACGUUUUAUUCUGUCCGUUAGCUAACGACUUUAGCAACUAGUGCAACCCCUAGUAAUAUACUUAGUGGGUAACUUUUCACAACACCACCAUUUUUUUCUUGGAAUAUUAUAUUAUUAGGUCGUUUUGUAUUCUGUUGACUUAGAUCCAACUAUAGUGCCAUUAACAUUUUGUCAAUUAACUUUCUGGUUAGAAAUAUAUUAAUUUUACAAUUGAA